AUGAAGAAGAGAGGCUAUCACUUCAAAGCCCAGACUCCUUUUUUCUGCUGAAGCUCAGGAACUAUAGAUUUAUACCCUCAGCUGAUGGUUGAUGGUUUUCAAUAAACAAAAUGGAGAGCAACUUAAAGAAUGUUGUCAUCAUAGCUGUUGGAUUUCUGUUUCUAUUUACAGCAUAUGGAGCUCUUCAGAAUUUACAGAGCAGCCUUAACAAGGCUGCAGGACUAGGGGUGACUACACUUAGUGUUAUAUAUGCAUCCGUGAUUGUGUCUUCCAUGUUCCUUCCUCCAGUUCUUAUUAAGAAGUUUGGCUGCAAGUGGACCAUUACAGUCUCCAUGUGCUGCUACAUCACUUUCUCUAUUGGAAAUUUCUAUGCCAGCUGGUACACCUUAAUCCCCGCUGCUGUAAUCCUAGGUCUAGGAGCAGCCCCACUGUGGUCUGCAGAGGCUACUUACCUUACAACAAGUGGAAAUAUUUAUGCAAAGAAGACAGGAAAGCUUGGGAAAGAUGUCGUCAACCAGUAUUUUGGCGUCUUCUAUCUCAUAUUUCAGUCCUCUGGUGUCUGGGGAAAUUUGAUUUCAUCUCUGGUGCUUCAGCAGGAGCCUCCCAAAGGAGAAUUGUCAAAAGAACAAUUGAUGAAUUGUGGAGCAAAUGAUUGUUUUACAACCAGCACAUCUACAAACAGUAGUACUAAGCGCCCAGCAGAUCAGUUAAUCUACACCUUGCUGGGCAUCUAUACUGGAAGUGGUAUUUUGGCAGUAUUAUUGGUAGCAAUAUUUCUUGAUCCAAUUCCAAGCGAUUCAGAAAAUGACGAAGAAGAAAAGGACGUUCCUAUUUCGACCCGUUUCAUGGCAACUUUUCAGCAUCUUAAGGAUAAACGGCAAUGUCUCCUCAUUCCUUUGACAAUGUAUAGUGGAUUUGAGCAAGGAUUCCUUUCUGGUGAUUAUACAAAGUCAUACGUUACCUGUGCCCUGGGAAUACACCUUGUUGGCUACGUGAUGAUCUGCUUUUCGGCCGCCACUUCCAUUUGUUCUUUGCUCUUUGGAAAGCUGGCCCAGUAUGCUGGCAGAAAGGUUUUGUAUGUACUAGGUUCCUUGCUACAUUUCGCCUGCAUGAUUGCCCUUUUGCUUUGGAGACCUCAGCCCUCUCAAACGGUUAUGUUUUUUGUAUUUGCUGUCCUCUGGGGCAUGGGAGAUGCCGUUUUUCAGACACAAAACAAUGCCAUCUAUGGAGAUUUAUUUGUGAAGAACAAGGAAGCUGCUUUUGCCAAUUACCGCCUUUGGGAGUCCCUCGGAUUUGUCAUUGCUUUUGGAUACAGCACAUUGCUGUGUGUCAAAAUCAAGCUAUAUAUAGUGAUUGGGGAGCUGAUUUUGUCCAUGGUGUUCUAUGGGACUGUUGAGGUCCUGGAAUAUACAAAGCCAUCAGAUGUUGAAGAAAAGGACAAUCAAGGAGAAGAAAUAGAUGCUUAAACAAAUGUGUAAAAAUGACAAGGUCCUUGAGGAUAUACACUACGAAGGGCUCAGAAUGGUUUUCUUUAUAGAAGCACCAAAGUAUUAAAUUUUUUUUUCUCAGAACA